GAUAUUUGUUUCAGAGUUUUGUAAAGAAUGGAGGGAUUCACAAGAAUUCAAAUAAAUCACAGCGUUUGGGAAUUCCCAGACAUAUAUGAGUUUGUUAAACCCCUGGGAGCCGGUUCAUAUGGGCAGGUGGCCAAGGUGAGACAUCUGGGCAGUCAAAAUUGUGUUGCUAUGAAAAAGCUGGUGCACCCUUUUGAAAGAGAAGAGGAUGCGAAGGGCGCCUAUCGUGAGAUUCGCCUGCUAAAGCACAUGAAUCACCGGAAUGUUAUCAGCUUGCUAGACGUCUUCCAUCCGCCUUUGGAAAUGAACGACUUUCGGCAGGUUUAUUUGGUGACCCACCUAAUGGACGAGGAUCUGCACAGGUACUCGCGAUCAAAUGAGAUCAGCGAGUACCAUAUAAAGUCAAUUAUGUAUCAAAUACUACGGGGUCUAAAAUAUAUUCACAGUGCCGGAGUCAUUCAUCGCGACUUAAAGCCCAGUAAUAUUGCUGUUAAUCAAAAUACCGAUGUGCGUAUACUUGACUUCGGCUUGGCCCGUUUGUCCGGCAGAAAUAUGACAGACCCUGUGGGAACCCUGUGGUACCGAUCUCCCGAGUUGCUCUUUGUCAGGGGUGACUACACAAAGGCAAUAGAUAUGUGGUCUGUAGGUUGCAUCUUGGCGGAACUUAUCUCGGGACGUGCUUUAUUUCCUGGUGACUGCUAUUUCAAUCAAAUGGACUGCUUGCUUAAUAUAAUGGGUACGCCGUCAGAGGAGUUUGUUAACGGUAUAGAAGUGCCACGUGCGCGAAGUUUCUUAUUGAACUAUCCAUAUCGGGAAAAACGAGACUUCCGUCAGAUGUUUCCGGAUGCCAAUCCGCAAGCCGUGGAUUUGAUGCAGCAAAUGCUGGAAAUGGUACCCGAAAGACGUAUUACAGCUUCAAGGGCAAUGAAACAUCCGUUUCUUAAAGAUUUUAUUGAGCCACAACAUCACGACGAGGACAUAGCUCCAGCAUAUGAUCAAAACUUUGAAAACAUGGUAUUACCCGUAAAAUGCUGGAAGGAGCUUAUUUUCAAUGAAAUUGCCAAUUUUAGAAUACAAAUUUAGAAAUAAACACAUUUCAUAGAGAAAUCGGAAAUCAUUAAAGAAUUCAUUAAAAAUUGUCUUAUGUAUACGGCCUUGCAAUAUAUUUUAAAAAUGAUUAUAAAGUCAAUGGCGUUUACUUUGUGCUUUAAAAUUAAAGAAAAUAGCCAUCUUUUUUAACAAUAAAUAAUGCUUUC